AUGCGCACGCAUCGAUAGUUAACACAAGUAGUAUGGCGCUAGUAAUCACAGAAGAAGAAAAAUAGUGUGAAAAAUAAUGCCAAGUGGACCAACCGGAAGCUGAAUUGAUGAGAAAGUAUGAGAAGAAGAAUACGUCUAGUAUCAGGGUGAAAUAGAAAAGGCACGAAAGGAACUAGAAGUGUUGGCUACUAGGGAAAAGUAAAUAAAAAGUGUGUCGUUGAUACAUAUGGUGGAGGUUAAGUCGCGUAUGAAUGUGUACGAUAGUGUGGUGUAGUGCGCGCGACGGUAGCAGAACAAGAGAGAUUAGAGAAACGACAAGAGAAUAGGAAGAGAAACGUUGGACGCCAUCUUGUGAUAGGCGGUUACCGUGGAGUGCAGAGACACCGUGGAGCGAGUCUACGGUAUAGAAGAAAAAAAGUAGCUUGUGAGUAACUCGCGUAUCACGCGUACGGGAAUAUACUCAAAAGAAGAGGUUGACGGAGCAAUAGUUGCCUGAUGGAUAGAAAAGAUCAAAAUAAUAGGAUCGUAGUCAGACAGUACCGGGAAGUGGGUUUAAACGUGUUCACAUCGUGAGAGAGGGAAGAAAAAGCAGACCCGGCUGAAGAGGAGGGUUGAAGGAUAACACGAAAAGAAAGAGAAAAAUAUAGAGUGCGCACACGAUUCUAACACCUACAGAAAAUAGCAUAGGUGAAAGAGACGAACUGUAGUUCGUUUCAUCAUUGAGUGUACUGUUCUAAUAUUCGAAUAAUUGGCUAGUGGUAGUUUGUUCUGACGAGCUCUUACAUUCUCCGUGCCUUCUCCACAGGCGGGUGGAGCGGCCGGUACGCGAUUUUAAUCUGGUUAGUGGACACGUGCGCGCCGCGCGACUACUCCAGUCAGGCUUCGCCAAUCUGGUUUGGCUAACAAGAUUCGCGUGGACGCGUGGGUUGAUAAAACCCGGCGCACGAUAUCGCCAGCUCACGAUACUACUUUAGCAGCAGAAGAAACGAGAGAAGGUGCGAAUGGUUUUAUUUAUUAAGUUACAGGACGUGACUUAUUUUUUUAUACAUAUAAUUCCAUUCACGGACGUGUGGAAUCAGUGAUUUUGUUUUCUGACACUCCCCGAUUUCCUAUACUCUGCUUUUGUUGCUAUUGCUGCAUGGUGCUGCUAUUACUACUGCUUAUCAUUUCCCCUGUGAUACGUGCAGUGAAUAGAGAGGGAGAUUCCGGAAAACGAGUGGGAGAGUGCCUGUAGUCUGAGCGAAAGGGCGAGUAUGUUCGGAGCAGUACAGUGUUCAAGCGAGAAAGAAAGAGAGAGGGAGCAAAUGGCUGAGUGAGACAGAACUAGACGGCGUGAGUGAGAGCACGGUGGGUUACCACACCCAACCGCGCCGGGAGCCAAGUGAACGAGAAGCAGAACAUACGCGACAGGGUGAGGGACCCAAAGACCACCGGGUGGUCAUCGGGUCUCACCGAACAGUUUUUAAGUGUUGCAUUUCACUACUCUUCACUCCAACAAUUUGUCUCAUUUCCUUCAUGUUUUCGUCUGUGACGGUGAUUUAACUAAGAGUUCUCCUUUAAAUACUCAUUAAUGAUCGUGACUUGACGUUAUACUUUUGAUGUAGUGUUCGAGCAAAUGUUCGCAAAUGGUCAAGUUAUAUUGCCGUAUUAAAUAAAUCAGAAAUAUCGGAAAUCAAACUUCUAUCAUUCUUUCAUAAUUUCACAAACGACCAGACAAAACGUUUACACAUAUAUUACGCGGUGAAAAUACGCGCGCGCUUACUUAAUUCCUCUUUCAUCAUUCUCAUUAUCUAUCGCUUGUUCGCUUACAUUAUAUGACACAUAUAAAUAAGUGAAUUAAUUUUCAAUACAAGUGCAAGUUCAACAGUAAUUGCACUAAUAGGUCAAAAAAUAUCGUCCUACAUCCGUCCGUCAAAGAGCAUUUGAUUUUUUAAAUAAAUGUAUUUGUUUUUUGCUUAGUGAUUGCCUUCUCUCGUGCACGCGGGUGAUUGAUGUAUCAUCAAGGUGUAUUUCUGCUGAGUGAAGAAGCCAAUUCAUCAGUGAAAAUAUAUUGUUAAAAUAAACAUAAAGUGAAACCGAUAGCUAAGUGAAGUGAAAUAGUGUUCAGGAUAACCAAGUGCACUGCUGGCAGUUGCAAUAACGACGACAACGUUGCUCAUCACCGUGGCAUCAAGAUAAUAUCGGCCGAAACGAGGCAGCCGAGCAGCAGCCGCCUCCUGCCUGCAUCAAACGCUUGGCAGCUGAGCAGGCAUACUCUAUUCGCGAACUCGCGCUACCUCUUUUUUUCCUCCCUCCGAGGAUUUUGCUGCCCUAAAUCAUGGCGUGCUGUCUGUCGGAAGAGGCUAAGGAACAGAAACGAAUCAACCAAGAAAUUGAGCGGCAACUUCGGAGGGACAAACGAGAUGCCAGGCGGGAACUUAAACUUCUGCUUCUUGGUACUGGUGAAUCGGGAAAAUCGACUUUUAUUAAACAGAUGAGAAUUAUCCAUGGAUCUGGAUAUUCAGAUGAAGACAAAAGAGGUUUUAUCAAACUUGUAUACCAAAAUAUAUUUAUGGCAAUGCAAUCUAUGAUUAGGGCGAUGGAUCUUCUCAAAAUUCAAUACGGUGAUUCUUCUAAUAUAGAAAAAGCUGAAUUAGUACGAAGUAUAGACUUUGAAACAGUAACGUCAUUUGAAAGUCCGUACGUUGAAGCCAUUAAAGAUUUGUGGGCUGAUGCUGGAAUUCAAGAGUGUUAUGAUCGUCGACGAGAAUAUCAACUAACCGAUUCAGCCAAAUACUAUCUUAUGGAAAUAGACCGAGUAGCAGCACGAAAUUAUCUUCCUACAGAACAGGACAUUCUUCGCGUGAGAGUGCCCACUACUGGUAUAAUUGAAUAUCCGUUUGACUUGGGAGAAAUUCGCUUUAGUUAUCUUAGCGACCUAGAACGUAUCGAAAAACCUGAUUAUCUUCCUACUGAGCAAGACAUCCUUCGGGCUCGAGCUCCUACAACUGGUAUUAUUGAAUAUCCAUUCGAUCUGGACUCCAUCAUAUUUAGAAUGGUAGAUGUAGGUGGACAGAGAUCGGAAAGAAGAAAAUGGAUUCAUUGUUUUGAAAAUGUCACAUCUAUAAUUUUUUUAGUAGCUUUAAGUGAAUAUGAUCAAAUUUUAUUCGAAUCAGAGAAUGAGAAUCGAAUGGAAGAAAGUAAAGCUUUGUUUAAAACGAUUAUAACAUAUCCGUGGUUUCAACAUUCUUCCGUUAUUCUAUUCUUGAAUAAGAAAGAUCUCUUGGAAGAAAAAAUCAUGUAUUCUCAUCUUGUCGAUUAUUUUCCAGAGUUCAGCGGCCCCCAAAGAGAGGCCGGCGCAGCUAGAGAAUUUAUUUUAAAGAUGUUUGUCGACUUGAAUCCUGAUAACGAAAAAAUAAUUUAUUCCCACUUCACAUGCGCCACAGAUACCGAGAAUAUAAGAUUCGUAUUUGCGGCUGUAAGAGAUACGAUUCUACAGUUCAACUUGAAAGAGUAUAAUUUGGUGUAAGCUGCGCCAUGUGAUAAACAAAAUAUAAUCAACUGUAUUUACAAGACUUCUAGAGUGAAGAAUAACAAAAGGGACUUUGUUGAAGGACUGAAACUCAAGAAAGAACAUAACAAAGUUGGAAAAAAAAUUAAUCGGACGAAUAACCAAGGAAUAAGGAAACUGGAUACAGUUAAUAACUCGUGGUGCUAUCUGCAUAAUAGGUCACACGAGUGUACCAAUUUUAGCUAGAUUAAUAUAUUUUAUGAUGUUUUCAGCGACACAAAAAUUUAAGGACCUAAAUUUGAGCGUUAUACGUUCUUUCCUAAACUUUUCACUGUCGAUACCAAGAAAACUGAUUUAGUUUCGUACUCUAUGUGUUGAAUUUGUUACCUUUUUAUAGCCUUGCUUAGUCGAUCAAACUCGCCUGACUGUGACAUUGUAUGAUUUUUAUAUAACAAACUAAAUAAAAUUUCAUGAACUUUAAAACAGCUCGAAGACCAUAUUAAUUUAAAAACAUAAAAAACGUAUAGUUCUGUCUUAGAUAGAUAUCUCAGUGAAAGAAGUUAGAUAUAAACAAAAGAAAAUCAUGGUAUGAAAUAUGGGACGAAGCUUUUUAAUUAUAAGUAUUUGGUGAAAUAAGUGAGAGCGGUUCUAGUGCCAUUUGAUUAGUGUGGUGUUUUAUUUCGCUCUUCGUUAGAUACGAGGCCAAAGUUUUUUUAAUUUUAUUUUUUUAUUUUAUUUUAAUAUUUUUUUAAUAUGAAAAUAAUUUUAUAUUUUCUGCAUGUGACUCAAUUCAAAAUCCAUCGUAUAAAUAUUGUUAUAUAUAAUAUAUAAAAAUGAAACAUAGAAUAGAAAGAAACAACAUAAAAAGCAUCUAACAAUAUAAGAAAAAAAAGAAAGGAAAAUAGGAGUUCUGAAGUAACGAAAUAUUCCAUGUUCCUUUCUCUUUUAAGAAGAACAUCUUUUACAUUAUAAAAUUAUUAGUAAAUAAUAACAGCAGUCUGAUAAAAGAUGACGUAGUUGGAAGGUGAAAGAGACUAGACUUUAUACUGCUCACUUUCAUUUUCAUGGUAACUUAGUGCACAAGGCGUGUACAGAGGUUAUUUUAUAAAAUUUCACGAUUUGUCUUUAUAAUUUACAUCUUUUUAGGGGCAAUUGGUAGUAUAAACAUAUAUUGAAAAUACUAUAUGUAAAAUGGGAUGUUUCCUUACAAAAUGUAACCUCUGAAUCACACUCUUGUGAUUUCGUUACUUUAUAAAGUUAGAGACAUGACCUAUAAACACACUAUUAUCCUUUUCAAGGUAAAAUACUUCUAAUAAAAGGAUACUACGAGUGUCAAGGUAUAUGCUCUUACUUGUGUUGUAUCCACCUCACAGUGUACGUAUGUAUGAACCGCUCACUGCCUGCGCUUGCUCAUGUUGGCUAGCGCGCUGCCCAUUGCUGGUAUUCUCUAUUGUUCGAUAAAAUAAAAAAAACAACAGAAAAUUUUUCAUUUUAGUCAUCAGUCUGACUGUAAAUCUAGAUAUUUAAGAUUUAUCAUGAAAUUAAAAUGAAUGGAUUUAAAAACACUGUAAAACGAUUGUGAUUUUUUUAUCAAAUUAUCUAUUGUAUUAACUAAUACAAUUUCAUUUAUAUUGGUUUUUUUAAGCAUAGAUAAUCGAAUAAUAUCGAUGCGGCAUAUUACUCUACAAUAAUUUAUUGAAAAUAAAAAUUUAAAAAUUGUUUAAUAAAAAUUAUACGAAUACCUAUUGCAUAAUAUAACAACAAUUCCACGUCUAGAUUUAGGACUACCUACGUUUUUCCGUUUAAUUUAAUUCAAAAAAUAUUCAAAGAGUAAAGUACAACAUUCUCUUCUGAAAUUGAAUUAAAUGAAUGCAUACUUAGAGAAUACUCGCACAAAUAAAAAAAUUUCUAAAAUAAUGUUGUUGUGUUGAUUGGUUUAAGAAUAAACUAAUCCGUGGCGUUAAGAUUUAUACUUAUUUAAAUAUUAUUUGAUCUUAACGCUACCAACAUCUAACGCACAUCGGGCAGCAUACUUUAUACUUACUUUAUUUGAGACACUAAAUUUGUAUUAAGAAAAUGAAAUAAAUCAAUACAUUGAAUAAAGCGUAAUAUUAAAAGAUAACAGAAAGAUAGAAGGAAAUACUUUACUUGUUAACAAUUUUGCUCAUAGGCACCGUAUAUGAAAUAUAUGUGAUGUUCACUAGGGAUAUAAUCGUUGACAGGUAUAGAAUUUACUGCUAUUAUCAAAAAAUACUGCUUAAUUUUUAGUAUAUCUGAGUGAGAUAUUUUGCGGAACAUGUACGUGACUAUAAUAAUGAUACUACAAUAACAAAAUUUUAUGCGAAUGCGUGCUAAAUAAUAGAGUGAAUGUUUUAAAGCGUAUGUAAACGUUACAGAUGAGAUUAGUAAGUUCGAACGUGAAGAAUUUGGAUGAGUGUAUUAAUGUUACGACAGAAAUUGAGAGAAUAAAAAGAGAAUGAAUCGUGCGUAAUUACUGCAUAUAUGCAAAUUGGUAAGUAUGAGAAAAAUUUUAAACAUGAAAUAAGAUCGGAAUGUACGAAAUGUUCUAUUCGUUAAUGUAAAAACGAAAGCGAUCACAAACAAAAUACGAACUUGUGGCUACAAUUCAUUUGUAAAUCAUUUCUUGUCAAAAGUAUACAUUUUUCUGAUCACAUAA